AUGUCGACCUGUGUACGCUUCGCGUACGCCGCACUUAUCCUGGCGGUAAACACUGCCGCCGUCCUCUCGGUUGGACGAAAUAGUCCGGACGCCUGCUUGAGGCUUCUGCUCGACGUAGACACCGGCGUAGACGAUGCCCUUGCAAUCACGCUGGCGGCGAGGCUCUCGAACGUGUGCAUCGAAGCCAUCACCGCGGUCGCGGGAAACGCCGACCUGAAUACCGGCUACGACAACACGCUUAGGACACUGAAUGUCAUCGACCGAACGAAGGUGCCAGUUUACAAAGGUGCCGACAGACCAGUCGAUGGCCACUGGGACACUGAGAAGACAUACUUCGGUCCUGACAACUUCGGAGGCGUCAGUGCGCAGUACCCGAUGUCGAGGAACCCAGCUGGCGAUCCCCAGACUCCCGGAUACAUCAAAAUGAUCGAGCUGGUGAAGAAGAACCGAGGACAACAAACGCUCGUCUUGAUGGCCCCUUUGACAAACUUGGCCAUCGCGCUGCUCGCGGCGCCAGACAUUUCUGAGGGCAUCCGGCAUAUAUACAUCUUGGGUGGAACCCUUUAUGCGAAAGGCAAUGCCAAUCCUACUGCGGAAUUCAACUUUUUCACGGAUCCUGAAGCAGCGUUGGUUGUUCUUGACAGAGCCACAUGUCCCAUAACUAUUAUUCCCUGGGAGGCAGCCCUUCAGGCAACUGUGCCAUGGAACACCUACUACAGCAUCACGAACAAGUCGGGCAAGCUUCAGAAGUUUCUGCGGGACAUCACGACUCACACUGUUCAGUGCUGCCUGAGCGGAGGCCAGAGUCCGGGCGGCUUCAGCGUGGGAGACUUCCUCGCGGUUCUCGCAGCAGCGGUUCCCGAGAGCGUCACCAAAACUCUGGAGCAUCGCGUGAACGUCGAGAGGUGCGGCGAGUACACGAGAGGCCAACUUGUCCACGCGUGGGAGCCCAAGAUCCUGCCGGAAGUGAAACGCAACGUGACGAUCGUGGAAAGCUUCGACGUCGGCAUUGUCGAAAAGUACUUCAAAUAUAGUUUCGACCCAACUGGAGCGUGAAAUAAAUGAACUGCUCCUUUCAGAACAA